AUGGCGACGCAGCAGCAACAGCAAUACCGCAAUUCAUACUACGGUUCGGCAAACUACGACCAGCCGCGCCGCAACCAGCGGACGAGAUCUAGCGACGGCACCGUGAGCACCACGAUGAGCUCCGCCUCGGGCCGCGAGUCAGCCGCGACGCACGUCACAGAGCCGCCCACCUACUCCAAGAAGAUUGUCGUCGUCGGCGACGGCGGCUGUGGCAAGACGUGUCUGCUCAUCAGCUACAGCCAGGGCUACUUUCCAGAGAAAUACGUCCCGACUGUCUUCGAAAACUACAUCACCUACCCCGUCCAUCCGCCUUCUGGCAAGACCGUAGAGCUGGCUCUGUGGGACACUGCUGGACAAGAGGAAUACGACCGCCUUCGCCCGCUUUCUUACCCAGAGACUGACUUGAUUUUCGUCUGCUUCGCCAUUGACUGUCCCAACUCGCUGGACAAUGUGCUCGACAAGUGGUACCCCGAAGUUCUCCACUUUUGCCCCUACACGCCGCUCAUCCUCGUCGGCCUCAAAUCGGACCUGCGUUACAAGCGAACGUGCAUCGACAUGCUCAAGACGCAGGGCCUGACGCCCGUCACCGCGGAGCAAGGGCGCGCCGUCGCCCAGAAGAUGGACGCCCAGUACAUGGAGUGCAGCAGCAAGGAGAUGCUCGGCGUCGACGAGAUCUUUGAGCGCGCCAUCCUCACCAUUGUCGCCAACGACCGCAGAAACGUCGAGUCGGCCGCCGCCGCCGCCCAGGCUGCCAACGCCGAGGGUAAACCCCUGCCGCCCCUCAAGGCCAAGAAGAAGAAGAGAAAGUGCCAGUUUCUCUAG